GCAUGGCAGGACUUAGCAGAGAGGGCAAUCAGGCAGUGGUCGAGCGAGCGUGUACAUCACGUCAGUGUCUCGUCCUGUGUUGGUUGAGGUCUCGAUCGUGUCUUGGACCUGAGGCCAUGGCCUCUUCUGCCCCUAUGGUUUAGAUCAAAUCGCACCCCUGGUUUCUCCUGAUUGCGACACUCGCCUUUUAAUAUAUUUGUUUCUUGUUUCCGCCGCCACAGUCAGUUGCGUGGCCUUCAUGGCGCCCGUGUGGUGGUCCAGUGGCCUUCGGGAUGGGGCCCGGACUUUGAAGUCCUUACCCGCCCAUCGGACAUGUUGCCCCGGUGGGCUCAGCGUGCGUUCGUUGAGCGUCACUCAGACAUGGCACUCCCCCGAGAGUUCCCAGCCGUCUCAAGGGGGAUUUUUGAAUAAAUUCUUGGGCCCGCAGGCGGCCUUAACGGACACGCCGCAUAAGAUCAACCGCUGGGCCAUGUUCCUGCCCGCUUUCGCCACACAUAUUUGCUUGGGCGCGCCUUACGGCUGGUCGGCUAUCUCGGCCGCAUUGUCCAAGGAGCACGGCUGGGUGGUGUCCUCCUCGGCCGAUUGGGCUUUGGAUUAUUGCACCUAUCCCAUGUCCGUCAUGAUCGCGGCGGGCGGUCUCUCAGCCGCCAUAAUGGGCCCUUGGACCAUGAAAGUGGGUACGCGGAUGGCUUUGACCACGGGUGGUACGCUCUUCGGCUUGGGUUUUGCCUUAUCCGCAGCGGGUGUGGCCAACCACAACCUAGCGGUGCUCUAUGCGGGCAAUUUGCUAUGUGGCUUUGGCUAUGGCUGUUCGUACACCCCACCCAUUCAGGCUUUGUUGGAAUGGUUUCCGGACAAGAAAGGCCUCGCCUCAGGUAUCGUGAUAGCGGGCUUCGGUUCGGGCGCGCUUUUCUUCUCCCCUAUGAUGAACUUCCUGACACGAACUUACUCUCAAAUACCCGAAUAUUUGGGCAGCUCACUCGAGACCAUCACAGAGGGGGGCAAGAUCUUCACCCGGGUUGGUGAUUCCCUCAAAGAAGUGGUGUACGCCACUCAGGCCGACUUAGCUAAACUGCCUUACUCCGACAUGAUGGAGGGCUUCUAACUGGUGGAUUCGGGUAACACGGGUGUGGCCAUGAGUUUGGCCACAAUCGGAGCCAUGUACACCGGGGCCAUUAUUUCGUCCGCAUUCCUUCUCAAAAAGCCCAGCACUGCGUACCUCCCCAGUGGUUGGACACCGCCUCCGGUCACCGGAACCUCCGGCUUGAACGUCAAUACCAGCACGGUCAUGAAAACACCCCAAUUCUGGUUACUUUUUACCACCUCGACCUUGUUGGCCACGGGCGGCAUGGGGUUAAUGUCAGUGGCCAAACCCAUGAUCGGAGAGGUGUUCACGAGCUCAAUGCCGGGUUUGGUCACGGCUGCCUUCGCUUCGAGCUAUCUCAUGGCUAUGGCGGGUGGAAACCUUGCUGGCCGUUUGGGUUGGGCCGCCGUGUCAGACAAGAUUGGUCGCCGAGCCACGUUCAAUGUGUUCACUUUGGGGGCGGUGCCUAUUUUUGCUUCCCUGCCUUACACGAUCACUCAGGUUGUGAGUAACCCCGAUGGACCCUUGGCUCCCGUGUAAUUGGGCAUGUUCUGCGCCUCAACAGUGGCUGCCAUCUCCAUCAUGGGUGGAGUGUUUGCCGUGCUUCCCGCUUAUGAAGCCGACUUAUACGGGCCUAAAUACGUUCAAGCCAUUCAUGGUCGGUUUUUGGUCUCCGCCACCAUGUCGACUAUUGCCGGACCCAUGUUAUUGCUGAAUUUGCGUAAAUUGGCCGAGAAAUCGGCGCUUCAAGAUUUGUUGUCCAAGGUGGAUCCUGCUAAAUUCGAGAGCCUCUUUGGCGCAGACCUGGGACAAGCUCAAACGCUGAUCGAGGCCAAGUCUUUGACCAUUUCUAAGCUCAUGACCAUAAUGCCUCAAGGCACCGUGGAUCCUUCGCCCUUCAUUUACAACAACACCAUGUACACCAUGGCGGGCUUGGUGAGCGUGGCCGCGGCCCUGCAUUUCAUGGUUCGUCCCGUGGACCCGAAGUACUUUGAGCGAACCGACGCAUCCAGUGCUGAGCCCGUCGAGGAGCAGAAACAAAAAUGAUCAUUUACGAUAGGGAAUGCAUAGGAGCGGAGACUGAGCGGUGCUUCGCCAUUCCUGUAUGUAGCCGAGUGAUAUAGCGUAUAACAUGUUAAUACGCUCAACCGAAGUACUUGCAACCGACCAUUUCCGAGUUAUGAAUAUGACUGAUUCGUUAGAUCUGAACAACCAAA